CCCGAACGCGAAAUGAGUGUCAACACCGGUGAAAUUUCACCAAACUCGUCGUUAAUGUCACACUUAUUUUAAGAACGAUUUAAUUCUAUUCAAUCAAUGGUUUAUCAGUAAUAUCAGUCAUAAUGAAGAAAGAUCGGAGUGGAGAUUCAACGCGCCCGUUCAAAUUAGCCCAUCAAAUUGUUAGCCUGACAGGCAUCAGUUUUCAACGUAAAAGUAUAAUUGGAUUAGUCGAACUUACUAUUGUUCCUCAGAAGGAGAACAUCAGACACAUUAAAUUGAAUGCAAAACAAAGCCGAAUUUACAGAGUAACUCUCAAUGACCAAUAUGAAGCUCCAUUCCAGUACUUUGAUCCCUUCUUGGAUAUUUGUCAAGCAGACCCUAAGCAGAGGUCCUUAGAGUAUUUUGCCAGUGCUCACCUGACAGCUGCUCUUCAGAUUGAUCCAGAUAAUAAUGCUGGUGAACUUGUGAUCAGUUUACCAGUUGAAGCCCAACAUCUUGUAAGAGAGGGUCAACCUCUUCGAGUGGGAAUUGAAUUUUCUUUAGAGAAUCCACAAGGAGGAAUUCAAUUUGUUGUUCCUGAUAUUGAAGGAACACCUAAAGAAAAAGGAGCUCAUAUGUUCACAUAUGGCCACUCUUCAAGAUUGUGGUUUCCCUGUAUUGAUAGUUUUGCUGAGCCCUGCACAUGGAAGCUAGAGCUAACUGUUGAUGAAUGUAUGACAGCUGUAUCAUGUGGUGACCUAGUCGAAGUUGUUUCUACACCAGAUAUGAGAAGGAAAACAUUCCAUUAUGUUCUCUCUACACCUGCAUCUGCACCAAAUAUCGCACUUGCUGUUGGGCCUUUUGAAAUAUUUGUGGAUCCGUACAUGCAUGAAGUUACACACUUUUGUCUCCCACAAUUACUUCCUCUCCUUCAAGUCUCAGCAAGGUACAUGCAUGAAGCAUUUGAAUUCUAUGAGGAAACAUUAGAAAAUCGGUACCCUUAUGCUUGCUAUAAGCAAGUUUUUGUUGAUGAAACUCCAGAGGAUGUGGCAGCCUAUGCUACUAUGAGUAUUCUUAGUGUAAAUCUUCUACAUUCUUCUUCAAUUGUUGAUCAAACCUACAUCACAAGGAAGGCUAUGGCUCUUGCCAUUGCUGAGCAAUUUUUUGGAUGUUUUAUCUCUAUGCAGAACUGGAGUGAUAACUGGCUUCCCCAAGGCAUUGCUUCUUAUCUCUGUGGACUGUAUGCAAAGAAAAGUUUUGGUAAUAAUGAGUACAGAGAAUGGAUCCGAUCUGAGUUGGAAGAGGUGAUAAAAUAUGAGGAAACAUAUGGUGGCAUUGUGCUUGACCCAAGCCAACAACCUGCUCCUACUCCUGCUUCUUCUACAACAUCCCCUCUAGCUCCUCAAAGGAACAAUCAGCAACCUUUUUAUUUCUCAACGAGAUCUUUGCACACAAUGUCUCCUAAAUACUUAGAAAUGCAAAGGAAGAAGGCGCAUCUCAUAAUGCGAAUGCUUGAAGACAGAAUUAAACAAGAGCGCUUGUUGCAGGUGUUGAACAAACAACUCUCACUGGCUAGUAUUGCAGCUCAACAAAAGCAGGCCUCCAACCAGUGGAGUCAUAUGCUAAUUAGUACCAAUGUUUUCACUAAAGCAAUUUUUACUGUCACUGGCUCAGACAUGUCAGUAUUUAUUGAUCAGUGGGUACGCACUGGUGGCCAUGCGAAAUUCCAUCUUAGUUUUGUGUUCAAUCGGAAAAGGAAUACUGUUGAGUUGGAAAUCAAACAAGAUGCAUUAAAUCAAAGGGGUAUUAGAAAAUAUAUGGGACCUUUGUUCGUCACAAUCCAGGAGCUAGAUGGCACUUUCACACAUCAAUUACAAGUGGAGGGGACACCUGCCAAAACUGACAUAACUUGUCAUUCCAAGAGUCGUAGAAACAAAAAGAAAAAAAUUCCGCUUUGCACAGGUGAAGAAGUUGACAUGGACUUGACUGCAAUGGAUGCAGAUUCUCCGGUCCUCUGGGUCAGGCUUGAUACUGACAUGACCAUUCUACGGUCUGUAUUUAUCGAGCAACCCGACUUCAUGUGGCAGUAUGAGCUCAAGCAUGAACGAGAUGUAACAGCACAGCUAGAUGCAAUUGUUGCACUAGAGCGUUUUCCCACAGCUGCAACUCGUGGUGCACUCACAUAUAUCAUUGAAAGUGAAACUACAUAUCAUAAAGUGAGAUGCCAAGCAGCACAUUGCUUAACAAAAGUUGCAAAUGCCCUAGUUGCUACAUGGUCAGGCCCCUCUGCUAUGCAUCAGAUAUUCCAAAAGCAUUUUGGUUCUGCUUCUUGUCCUCAUAUUGUUAAGCAAAAUGACUUUAAAAACCUUCAACACUAUUUUCUUCAAAAGACUAUUCCUAUAGCGAUGGCAGGCUUGAGAAACACUCUAAAUAUUUGUCCUCCAGAUGUACUUAACCUCCUCCUGAACUUAUUCAAGUACAAUGACAAUAGCAAGAACUGCUACUCUGAUAAUUACUACAGGGCAGCUCUGAUUGAUGCCUUAGGUGAGACUAUCACACCAGUGGUUUCAGUUGUAGGAAUGCAGCAUGGAACAAUUUCAAGUGAAUCUCUCACUUCUGACACAAAAUGUAUUUUAGAGGAAGUAGUUCGUUGUUUGAAUCUAGAAAAAAAGUUACCUUGCUAUAAACAAGUAGUUUCAGCUGCUUGUUUGAGAACAAUUCGGAAGCUACAAAAAUUCGGCCAUCUACCUAGUCAACCUACCAUUUUCAGAUCUUACACUGCAUAUGGGAUAUUUAUUGAUGUGAGAUUAGCAGCAUUAGGAGCAUUAGUUGACUUCACCAAAGCUGAUGGCAAAUGGGAGGAUCUGGAGUUUUUGCUUGAUAUUGCUGAAAAUGAUCCAGAUCAUAUGGUUCGCCAUAAAUUGCUAAGAAUGAUGAUUGAAAAUCCACCAUUUCAUAAAUCUCAAAAACACCGCCUGGACAAAGACAAACUUGUUGAUCGACUGUGGUCAAACAUUAAUGAACAACUUUCUCAUGACACUCAGCAACGGUGUGAUAUGGUUGAUUUGUAUUAUGCACUGUAUGGUACAAAACGUCCAUUUUGUCUGGCCCAAAAUGAACUAUCAUUCCUCAAGCCAGAACGUGCAAGUCCCACCUUUGAUCAUAGUUUCAACAGAGAAAAUGACUUGGAUCACAAUGAUGAAGGUCCUGAUCCCGAUUUAGAAUGGGAACGGGAGAGAAUUAGGGAGAAAGAUAGACUGGAACGUGAGAGAGAAAGAUUGGAGAGGGAGAAAGAAAAAGAAAGAGAGAGAGAAAGGGAAAGAGAAAGAGAAAGAGAAAAAAAGAAAGAAAGAGAAAGAGCUAUUGAAAAAGAACGAGAUACUUCAAGACAUCUAGAAUUUGGAGUUGAUGUUAAAUCUGAAGUUGAGGUACAAGAAGAGGUUGACCUUGGGCCUGUAUUUAUUGAUGAAGAGCCCAGUAUGAAGCGUAAAGCAACAUCACCUCUGAUGUUGCAUCGGGAGCCAGAGGUUUUAUCUGCAGAUGACAACCUUGAACUUGUGACUGUAGAAGUUGUUGCUGGUGAUGAAAACAAAGUUCGAAUUAAAGAUGAACCAAAUCUCCUUGCUGCCCCACCUGGUGGUUCUACAAAUUCCUCUUUGUCACAGAGCUCCACUACUCAUCCUGUAAAGACUGAAUACUUUUCCGACAACUCUGCAUCCCUUCCAGGAAUUUCAGGACCAAGGCAUGGUCCUGUUGGAUUUGAGCCGGGAAUGUUUAAAGGAGGUAUAGCCUUUGUUCCUGCAAGUGAUUCCGCUGGACAGUCAAAGACGCCAAACAGCAAACCAGACACCAGCAACAAACCUAAGAAAAAGAAAAAAGAUAAGAAACACAAGAAACAUAAGCACAAGCACAAGCACAAACAUGACAAAGACAAAAGAGAUAAAAAUAAAGAUAAGGACAAGGAAAAGGACAAGGAUAAGGAAAAGGACAAAGAAAAGGAAAAGGACAAAGAAAAAGAUAAGGACAAGGAGAGAGAGGAGGAUUCAAUGAGUUCCUUGAGUUCCAGUCCAAGUCCUGAACCAUCUGUUUUAACAGAUAUUGUAUUCUGAUAUUCUAAAUAAAUAAAUAAAAAAAAAAAAAAAAAAAAAAAAAAAGUGGAUUUUGUGAAAGUUGUGCCCUAGUCAACACAGGUCUAAUUUUUCACUCAAUUAGAAAUUUCAACCCACAUCUUCCAUUUCUGCUCAUAAUCCAUGAAAAUUUUCACUUAGAGCAAUUUUUAUGUCUUGCACAUUGUAUGAACUUAUGCCCCGGUAUUUUAUUUAAAGAAGUUAAAGAUCUCUUUGAGGAGUAUCUAAACUUGUCAUCAAUUGCUUCAAUGUCAAAUAUUAGAAUUACAGGAAUUUCUAUCCGCUUUACAUAUUGUAAAUUGGUUGUAAUCCACCUGUUCUGGUAUACCUUUUCAGUCAUGUUCAAGUUACUGUUAUGAUCUCUCUGUCUACUUUAUUUGAAUUUACAUGUUUACCGUCUAAGAGGUAAUCCUAGCCCACUACUUUUAUGUAAUUUGUUAAACAUUCAAAAAUAUUUUUAUUGUGAAUGAUGGUUGUGUACAGUGUAUUUUAUGUAAAAACAAUAACAAUACUGAGAUAUGAACAUGAA